AGUGUGUGUCGUUCUUUAUAAUUUUCUUGGUGUAUAGGUUAAGAAUUGAUAAGAACCAUGGAUUUCCGUAUGCCAGUUCCUGAUCUCGUCAAAAUGGGAAUUAAGCUAAUUACGCAUAAAAUUAUACAAUAUCGCUUGGAGACCAAAGAGACUCGCGUCAUUUGCACAAACUAUGGUCAAAUGAAGGGUGUGCGUCGCAAGACCAUUUACGAUGAGGAAUUGUACUAUGCCUUUGAAGGAAUUCCCUAUGCCAAGCCCCCGGUGGGUGAUUUACGUUUUCGAGCUCCUCAACCGGCCAAACCUUGGCAGGGUAUAAGAAAUUGCACCUACUUGAGGGCCAAGCCCAUCCAAAAACAUAUGGUAUUGGGCAUUGUGGAAGGAUCCGAGGAUUGUCUCUAUUUGAAUGUUUAUGCCAAGACACUGAAAUCUGAAAAGCCAUUGCCCGUAAUGGUUUGGAUCUAUGGAGGUGGUUUUCAAUGUGGUGAAGCCACAAGAGAUCUCUAUAGUCCCGAUUAUUUUAUGAAACAUGACGUUAUACUUGUCACAUUCAAUUAUAGAUUGGGGGCAUUGGGAUUUCUCAGCCUGGCCGAUCGUGAUUUGGAUGUGCCCGGCAAUGCAGGCUUAAAGGAUCAAGUGAUGGCUUUGCGUUGGAUACGAGAUAAUAUUGCCCAAUUUAAUGGCGAUCCAAAUAAUAUUACAGUAUUUGGUGAAAGUGCGGGAGCAUCUAGUAUACAGAUUAUGAUGAGCACCGAAAAAACCCGAGGACUCUUUCACAAGGGUAUACAAAUGUCGGGUUCCUCGCUUUGUGGCUGGGCCAAUCAACGCAAUGAAAAUUGGGCAUAUCGUUUGGCCUCUCGUUUAGGGUAUAAGGGUAGUGACAAUGAGAAGGAAGUUUAUCGGUUUUUGCAACGUGCAUCAGCCAGUGAUUUGGCUAUGCAUGGUAAUGCUAUAUUAACGCUCGAGGAUCGCAGAAAUCUGAACAUAUUUGCCUUUGCCCCAGUGGUGGAGCCGUAUGUGACACAGGAUUGCGUUAUACCCAAACCACCGGUGGAAAUGUUAGCCGAAGCUUGGGGCAAUGAUAUUCCAUUGAUUAUUGGUGGCACAUCCUUUGAAGGACUCUUUUCAUAUCAGUCAACAGUGGCGGACUCUGAUUAUAUGUUGAGUGCCUUUGAAGCUCUCUUGCCCAUGGAUGUGAAACGAGAGGCGAAUCCAGCACAGAUCAAAGAAAUGGCAAGAAAUUUAAAGAUCUUCUAUUUUGGCGAUGCCACACGAGGACGCAUGGAUCUAUUCGAGUGCCUACAAUUGUUGUCCUUGACACAUUUCUGGCAUGGUGUUCAUCGCACUGUGUCGGCUCGCCGCUCCUAUGCCCCCACCACUCCCACUUAUCUCUAUCGCUUUGACUUUGAUUCGCCUAGCUUUAAUCAUUUCCGUCUGCUAACCUGCGGCCGUCAUGUUCGUGGGGCCUCUCAUGCCGAUGAUCUUUCUUAUUUGUUUUAUAACAUAUCCGCCACCAAAUUACAAAAGGAUUCAGCUGAAUAUGCUACCAUAGAACGUUUGACGGGCAUGUGGACAGCCUUUGCUGCCAACGGUAAUCCCAAUUGUCCACAGAUUGCUUCAGCUACCUGGGAUGCUUUGGAUACAGUCGGCCCGGAGAUGUGUUUUAAUAUUGGCAAUCGUUUGGAGUUUAUCGAAUUACCCGAGAGUAAACAAUUUAAAUUUUGGGAUAGUUUGUAUGAUGAGCAAAAAUUAUUUUAGUUAGGCAUAACAUUCACGCAAUGGGAAAUGUUGUCAGGGUUGGACUCUUCUCUAUUAACAGAAUUUACCAUUUUUAAAAUACAAGCAUCUGACAAAGAGUAAAACAUUUACUAAGGUCUAACUUGAUUCCCGAAAUCCGUUAACAUUCUUUUGACUUUUUCUUUUUCAAAAGUAUUGAACAUUCAUUACAUUGUUAGUUACUUAUAAAUGCCAGCAACUUGCUAGUCUUUUUUGGUUAACUUGUUUACAAUGGUAAAAGUUUUCGAUCUAUUAAUAUAUAAUUAUAAAUUUCUAUAUUAAUAUUAAGUUUGUGUAUGAAAAAAUGACAUGCAUCUACAAUGUUUUGAUUACAACAUAACCCACUAACAGUCAAAACUGGUUUCGUUUCAAUCACAUUGACCUUACACAAUAUUUUUUUCGUUACGUUUUUGUCUUGCUUAGUUUUUAUUUA